AUGGGGCUCAGCGAGCAGGAAUGGCAGAAGGUCGUAGACAUCUGGGGCAAAGUGGAACCAGAUCUCUCUUUGCAUGGACAGGAAGUCAUCAUCAGGAUGUUCCAGAAUCACCCUGAGACUCAAGAGCGCUUUGACAAAUUCAAAAAUUUCAAGACUCUGGAUGAGAUGAAGAGUUCAGAAGAACUCAAGAAACAUGGAACCACCGUCCUCAGUGCUUUGGGUAAAAUCCUGAAACAGAAAGGGUCUCAUGAAGUAGAACUAGCACCACUGGCACAGACUCAUGCCAACAAGCAUAAAAUUCCAGUCAAAUAUUUAGAAUUUAUUUCUGAAAUCAUCAUUGGUGUCAUUGCUGAAAAACAUUCUGCAGAAUUCGGGGCUGAUUGUCAAGAGGCAAUGAGGAAAGCCUUGGAGCUGUUCCGGAAUGAUAUGGCCAGCAAAUACAAGGAACUUGGAUACCAGGGCUAG